AUGUCAACCGGUAGCGAAGCGAGUGCUGGGAAUCUUUCCCAGAAGAAUGAAAGUGAUUCUCCUGGCAAUGAGGGGGCCAGUUGUGGUGCGUGUCGGCAGGUCGAUAAUAGUCGAAUGGUACAAUGCGACGAAUGUGAUGAGUGGUAUCACUAUGACUGUGUGAAUGUGAACGAUAGUAUUCAGGAUAAAGAUUGGAGCUGUAACGGAUGCGUCAGAACGUCGCUUGAGAAGGAACGAGCUUCACUGAAUAUACAGUUAAAGCGUCUUGAAGAGCAGCAGAAGCAGUGGCAACAAGAGCAACAAAAACGCUUGGAGCAGGAUGAGGAACGGCAGCGAAAGCUUGAGCAGCAGCAGAAAUUGCAGCAGCAAGGUGGGGAGCAGUUCGAUCCGUUGCAGAUAGCGAAGUUGCAGUUGCAGCAGCAAAGUAUGCAAGCGAGAGGUGCUACAAGUAAACCCAGUGAACUCCAAAAUCUGCAGAGUAGUGGAUUGGGCGCGACUCCAAAGCUACGACAGCAGUCAGUAGAGGUAGGUGCGAAAUGUACUGUUCCGGUACCAUCGAUAGAAGAUCGACGAGAUUCCGUGCCGUUAGCGAGUUCAACGGCAGAUGGUGUUAAUAUCGGCAAAGGUGACAGGGCUUCCGUGGCAUCGUCGAAGCAAUCAAAACGUUCAGCGAAGCUCCGUGAACAGCAGAUAAAAGCGUUAGAAGCAAGACAAGCGUUAGAAAAGAAACAGCUGGAAGAGCGGUUGGCGUUAGAAAAGGAAAUGUUGGAAAUGAGCGAUUCCGAUCUAGAGACUAUUGGAAGUGUCGAGAAGAUGGAUGAUUGGCUUGAACGAACAGACCAAAUGGGCCGGGAAUUACAAGAACCUUUGGAUGAAACGCCCCUACCGGUGUACGACAAAGUUACACAAGAACCGGUAAUGGUGUCGAAUCAUCAGAAAGUUUCUAGCAGACAAUAUCCAGAAGUGCCAUGCCAGCCGCAGCGUCCUUUCCAGGAUCAACAUUCUUUCCCACCGACGGUUACGCAACCAGUUCAAAGAAGUUGCGUUCCGAGUGACGUGUACCUCGAGCAUGACUUGUACGGUAGUGGAUUGCCAGUGCAUGUUUCUCGUUAUCAACCAUCGUUCGGUAACUCAGCAGGAGUAACCUUUAAUUUACCACCUCUCCCACUCUACACCACAGUGUCACAACCGACAGUGAUAGCACCGGCGCAUCCACAGGGGAAUCUUCGGUAUCCGACUACGUCGAGUUCCUAUGAUUCCUCUCCUUUCAGUCACGGUAUCCCACAACCUGGAAGGAUAACAUCUACGCCCCGCACGAGUGUGAGUACCUCUCAACGACCAAUAGGCAACGGUUCUGUAGUUCCACCACUGAACAGUGGACAUUUGGCAGCCAGGCAGACUGUAAAAGACCUGCCCAAAUUUGGCGGAGAUCCAGAAGAUUGGCCACGGUUCAUCGCAGCAUAUGAAAGAACAACCAGAAUGUGUGCUUUCCGAAAUGAUGAGCUGCUCGAUCGUCUAGAGAGAAGCCUGUACGAUAAAGCUCUCAAUAGUGUUAAAAGCCUGCUUCUGCACCCUGACAACGUUCCAGUAAUAAUGAACCGUUUGAAAACUCUCUUCGGGAACCCGGAGUUUAUUGUUGAAACGAUGGUGAAUAAGGUUAAAAUGAUGCCACCACCGAAAGCCGAGAAACUGGAAACCAUUGUAGAUUUCGGCGUUGCAGUGCAGAAUUUGUGUGCUACAAUUCAAGUAUGCCAAAUGGACGAACGUUUUUAUAACGUGGCGUUGCUCCAGGAACUUGUUGACAGUUUACCGCCGACAUUAAAAAUGAAAUGGGCAUUCUAUCGAAAGGAAAUCGGAGCAGCCACUUUACGGGAGUUCAAUGCGUGGCUUGGGAACAUGGUUGAUGCCAUAAGUCAGGUGAGCAGACCACAAGCUUACACGAAGCCUUUGAAGAUGGAGAAGAAAGGUCGGAAGGAAGAUGCCUUUGUACAUCUGCAUUCCGAACAACCGCCUGAGUUGAUCAAUCGCAGAGCAUGUUUAGCGUGUGCAGGAGAAUGCAGUAGUCUUGACAAGUGUAACAGUUUCUUAAGGAUGGUACCGAAUGCACGGUGGGCAUUAGUGAAUGAAAAGAAGAUCUGUCGAAAAUGCUUGACUAAACACUUUAGAACAUGCGAGAUAAAAGUUCCUUGUAACCAGAACGGUUGUAGUUUUUUGCACCAUCGUUUACUCCACGAUGAUAGCAAGCACCAGGGUCGUUCAUCGCCGAGUGAAUUAUUGGAAAAUUCUUCAUGUAAUGCACAUCACUGCCCGCCCGAUGGAGUGCUUUUGAAAUAUGUCCGUGUUACACUACACGGGAAGAACCGAUCGAUCGACACGUACGCCUUCCUCGAUGCUGGAUCAACCUCCACGUUAAUGGAGCAUAGCUUGUGGGAGGAGUUGAAUCUGGGUGGCGAGAGAAAUCCGCUAUGCAUCACAUGGACUGGCGGUCAAGGGAGAUACGAAGGAAAUUCAGUGAAAUGUUCCCUCGACAUAUCAGGUGCCCAAAAUCCAACCAAGCGUUUCUACCUUUCGAAAGUGCAUACUGUACGGAAACUGGAUCUUCCUUCGCAAUCGAUGUCUGCUACGGAGCUCACAAGAUACUUCCAAUAUUUAUCCGGUCUUCCUCUCGAAUCGUACUCUAAAGUGAAACCACGCAUCCUGAUAGGUGUGGAUAAUUCCAGAUUAGACUAUCCAUUGGACUCCAGAGAAGGGAGCUAUAGUCAACCUACUGCUGUACUGACGCGAUUGGGUUGGAUAAUCUACGGGCCAUGUUCAGUUGCAAAACGAUCGACGACUGUGAAGGAGAAUGCGUAUAGCUAUCACAUCUGUGAGUGUGAUGCCCUUCAGUCGGCUGUCAAGAAUUAUUUCGCUCUGGACAGUCUUGGAAUUCAACUCAAUGGGAAGACAUUGAUGUCGAACGAGGAUGAACGUGCGAUUAACCUGCUGCAGUCCAAUACCGUGUUGAAGGACAAGAAAUACGAAACAUGUCUUCUAUGGCGAUACGACAAUGUUAGGUUGCCGGAGAGUAAGGCAAUGGCUCUGAAACGUCAUAACUGUCUCGACAAGCGCAUGGAACGUGAGCCAGAGCUAGCUAGAGUAUUUCAGGAGAAAAUCUUUGACUAUAAAGCUAAAGGAUAUAUCCGUGAACUUCUAGCGCAUGAGGAGGAAAUGCAAAGAGAACGUUCGUGGUAUCUGCCAAUUUUUCCCGUGUUCAAUCCCAACAAACCCGGAAAGCUUCGGAUUGUGUGGGAUGCCGCAGCAAAAGUAGGCGCAGUUUCGCUGAAUACCUUUCUAUUGAAAGGCCCGGAUCUAGUUACGCCUCUUCCGCAAGUACUUCAUAGGUUUCGAGAACACCGAGUGGCGGUCUCCGGUGAUGUGCGCGAAAUGUUUCAUCAGGUCUUGAUGAACCGUGAUGAUCAGCAUUGUCUAAGGUUUUUCUGCAACGAAGGUUUCCCCGGUAAGGCUCCUACUGUAUAUGUUAUGCAGGUGAUGACGUUUGGUGCAAGCUGUUCGCCAAGCAGCGCACAAUACGUUAAGAAUCUAAAUGCAGAACGUUUCAGAACCCAGUUUCCGGAAGCAGUGGAGGCGAUCUGUAAAGGAACUUAUGUAGAUGACAUGUUAUACAGUGUCGAAACGGAAGAAGAGGCAGUUAGACUUGCUCAGAACGUACGCUUCAUCUAUUCUGAAGGAGGAUUCGAAAUCCGUGGAUGGUUGUCGAACUCUAAGAAGGUUGUGGAGUCCAUGGGCGAACACGGAAUUGCCGCGAAAAGUCUUGACCAAAAUGCGGAAUUGGCGACCGAAAAGGUCUUGGGAAUGUGGUGGGACACAAUCAGUGACACCUUUACUUUCAGAACUCCACAACGGUGCAGGCCUGAAUUAUUGUCUGGACAGCAGGUUCCUACGAAGCGGGAGGUAUUGCGGAUUCUCAUGUCAGUUUAUGACCCGCUAGGACUCCUCGCUAAUGUACUGAUGUACUUAAAAGUUCUACUUCAAGAGAUCUGGCGAAUGAAAAUAGGCUGGGAUGAGCCAAUAUCCGAUGAACUAUUUGCCAAAUGGAAAGCGUGGAUUAAUGUACUGAACAUGGUUGAGUCAGUAGCUGUCCCUCGAUGCUAUCGUACGACGACUUCCUCGUCCCUGAAAACCAACGAAGUUCAGCUCCAUAUUUUCGUUGAUGCGAGUGAGGAUGGGUAUGCAGCGGUCGCAUACUUUCGAUAUGAAGAAGGAGGCGUUAUUGAGUGUGCAUUCGUAACGGCCAAAACCCGUGUUGCUCCCCUGAAAUACGUUUCGGUUCCACGACUAGAGCUUCAAGCGGCAGUGAUUGGCACUCGUUUGGCAAGUUACAUUGAAGAAUCGCAUCGAGUUUCAGUGCGAAAACGGUUCUUCUGGACUGACUCGAGGGAUGUACUGUGCUGGCUACGGUCAGAUCAUAGAAGAUACAGCAAAUUUGUCGCGCCGAAGGUUGGCGAAAUCCUGGAGAAGACCGAGUUAACGGAGUGGUUUUGGGUACCAACCAAGUUGAAUGUAGCUGAUGAAGGAACGAAGUGGCAGAAGACUCCUGAUCUCUCGCCAUUAAGUCGGUGGUUUAGAGGACCUGAUUUCUUGCGGCAGCAGCGAAGUGCAUGGCCAGCCCAGCCAUUGGAUCAUGGUUCAACCACUAACGAGAUGAAGCUAUCAAUAAACGUACACGUUGCCCGUGAUACUCUCAUCGAUUUUUCUAAAUUCUCUAAGUGGCGGAAGCUCGUUCGGACCAUUGCCUGGGUGCUGCGGUUUCCGAGAAAUAUUAGAGCUAAACAUCAGCACAGCCAACCUACCAUCGGUAUCCUCCAGCAGAUGGAGCUCUUCGAAGCAGAGAACUUUAUUUAUCGACAAGCGCAGUUGGAGGAAUUCAGCGAAGAAAUGUCGUUACUGCACUCUGGAGCAUCAAUUCCAAAAGAUAGCUCGAUUUACAAACUGUCGCCCUUCCUGGAUGAGAACGGUGUACUGCGUAUGAGUGGAAGAACAAUUGGUUGCGAAUUCAUUGAACCAACUAAUGCUCAUACGAUCCUGCUGCCAAGGAAGCAUCCGGUUACUACUUGCGUCGUUAAAUCGGUUCACGAACAGUACCAUCAUCUCAACCACGAAACCGUAGUUAACGAGUUACGACAAAAAUAUCGCAUCCCGAGGCUUCGUAGUGUUUGCUACAAAAUCCGGCAAGACUGUCAGGCUUGUAAGAAUGCUAGAGCUAGUCCGCAACCCCCCCUAAUGGCAGAUCUUCCGCCAGCAAGGCUCGCUGGAUACACCAGACCCUUUGCCUAUGUCGGGAUCGACUACUUCGGCCCGAUCCAAGUAGUUGUUGGUAGACGCACAGAGAAGAGAUGGGGAGUACUCUUUACCUGCUUGGUGGUGCGCGCCAUUCACAUCGAAAUCGUACAUUCGCUCAACACAAGCUCGUGUAUUUUGGCGCUGCAAAAUUUCAUAGCCAGGAGAGGAACUCCGAUAGAAGUAUUCAGCGACCGUGGAACGAAUUUCGUUGGAGCGGAACGUGAGCUGCGUGAUGCAUUGCGUUCCAUAGACCACAGUAAACUCAUGGAAGAGAUUGUGACCCCAGACACUAAAUGGACUUUCUUGCCUCCAAGCAGUCCCCACAUGGGUGGAAGCUGGGAGAGAUUGGUCAAAUCGGUAAAGAAGAUAUUGUACCAGAUAAAACUUCCCAGGCUACCCACAGACGAAGUACUCAGGAACAAAUUGCUAGAGAUUGAGAAGACCAUCAACUCACGCCCCCUCACGUACAUACCUGUCGAAGAUGGCGAGAAAGAAGCACUAACGCCCAAUCAUUUUUUGUUGGGAUCAUCCAGCAGUUCCAAACCUCUUGUGCCGUACAACGACAGCCUCGCUACGCUAACCAAUAGCUGGAGAACUUCGCAGAUCUACGCCAACCUCUUUUGGAAAAGAUGGCUGCAGGAGUACUUGCCAUCGAUAAGUCGGCGCACAAAGUGGCAUUACCCGGUAAAGCCAAUCCAGAUUGGCGACGUAGUGAUAAUCACAGAUCCGGAUCUACCAAGGAACUCAUGGCCCAAGGGACGAGUUGUAGAUGUCAAACGCGGUAAAGACGGUCAAGUACGUAGCGCUACAGUGAAAACUGCAGUCAAUGUGUACGAACGACCUGCGGUAAAGCUGGCAGUUUUGGACGUCGGCGCAACACUUAGUAAGCAGGACCCAGGACCCUGCGUACUGGGGGGGAAUGUUACGCAAUAUGCGAAACGCGCCUCCGAUGUACAGAAACUAUCCUCGGGAAUCGGCACUAUCGGCAACACUGGUAAGGUUGACUAG